UCUGUGUGAACAAAUUGUCAAACCUUGAUUAUAACAAAAGUUACUGGCCUUACAAAGAAUAUAGCAUUCAAUCAGAAAUGGACGACAUUAUAAUUUUUUGUGCUAAGCAACACAACGAAAUAUUAAGAUUUUUAAGAGACGUUCACAAGUGUUUCUCGACUGUAUAUUUGAUAGUAGUUGCGAUUAAUAUGAUAAUUAUAAGCAUGUCAGGAUUUGCAACUGUUCUAAACUUAAAGCAUCCGUCAGUUGCCUUCAGAUUCAUGGCUGCAAACUCUGGUCAAAUGGUUCACAUUCUUUGUCUUACUGCUCCUUGUGAACAAAUGCGUGAUCAAAGUAGCUUGAUUACUCAUUCAGUGUAUAAAUCAAACUGGUACAGAUUUCCAGUAAGUUCUCAAAGAUUAUUACUUAUGAUAAUGAAAAGAAGUUCAGAACCCAGUGAAUUUGUAUGCGGCAAAUUGUAUUCAUUUACCAUGAGGAAUUUUGCAAUGGUAAUGAAAACGUCGGUAUCGUACUUAACAGUACUCUGCUCAUUUAAAGGAUAAAAUUUUAAGCUACACAAAAAUAUAUAAAAGUUUGUUUAUAUUAUUAUAUGGCUUAACAAGUUUUACUUCAAGUAUCGGAACACAUUAAUGCAGGUAAGGCAUUUUGAAAUUUUAGUAAA